AUGGUAGAUCAAGAUCUAUUGGGAUCUCUUGCUAGAGCAUGGAUAACAAGAAAACGUUAUGCAAAACUAUUAAUUCAAAAUGAAAACAGAGAUAAAGUAGCAAAGGAAAUUUUAGAUACAGAGAUCAUUUAUGUGAGAAAUUUGGAAGUCAUUGUACAGUAUUAUUUAAAACCAUUGCGUGCUAUCCAACCACCAUUGGUUUCAGUAAAGACAUUACAACAGGUGUUUGGACAUAUUGAAGAUUUGCUGACUGUGAAUAGAGAGUUGUUGAAUUCGAUUCAGGAUCGUAUGACAACAUGGUACUCCAACAAGAAGAUGGGUGAUAUCUUCUUGAAGUUGGCACCCUACUUGAAGAUGUACACAGAGUAUUGCUCCAACUAUGACAGAGCCAUUUCGAAACUCAAAGAAAAGUCGACAGAGUCAAAGGAUUUCGGAUUGUUUCUCAAGAAGAUCAGUGUGGAAUCGGCGUUUGGAUUGGAUCUGACAUCGCUCUUGAUCAUGCCAGUGCAGCGUAUCCCUCGUUACAAGCUGCUACUUCAAAGUCUUAUACAUCUGACUCCAAAGGAGUUCAGCGACUACAAAGUCAUCGAGGAGGCACUUGCCAAAGUCUCAGAGGUGGCCGAUCACAUCAACGAGAGUAUACGUGAGAAACAAAACUCAGAGAAGAUUCUGAGUAUUCAAAGAAGAUUCACUGGUUAUGUACCUCCAUUACUAGCACCACUUAGAACAUUUAUUAGAGAAGGAUAUUUAACAAAAGUUUGUAGAAAAGAACCAAAGAAACGUUGGUUCAUUUUGUUUAGUGAUGCUUUAGUGUAUGGAACCAAAACAGAGACAACUGUUGCCAAUCCAAUUUAUAAAUUUCAUAGAUUAUUGCCAUUGGCAAAUUCUAAACUUGUUAAUUUAGAUGAUAAAGAUUCAAAAUAUAAAAAUUCAUUCCAAAUCAUUCAUACAACUAAAUCAUUUACAGUGUUCGCCGACAAUGAACAGGAAAAGGCAUCUUGGAUACAAUCUAUUGAAAGUCAACUCAAGUUUUUAUCACAGAAUGAAGGUUCCGUUGCGAGAAUGAACAGACAAUACAGUAAAGAAGAAAAAGAUAAAGCUUCAACAGCACCUGUUUGGAUUCCAGAUAGUGAGGCACUACAAUGUAUGGAAUGUAGUAUUAAGUUCACUACUAUAAGAAGAAGACAUCAUUGUAGAAGAUGUGGAAAUGUAGUUUGUGGAAAGUGUUCCGAUCAAUCAUUUAAACUCGAUAAUCAUAGUAAGCCGGUAAGAGUUUGUAAAUCAUGUUUCUCUUAUUUGACUGUAGCCAAUUCAAGAAAAGAAGAAUCACCUAUGAAUGGCUCCAAUCAAGAUUCACUGGAGAGUUUGUCUGUUGAAUCAGUGCUAUCCACUAUGAACUCGAAUGUAUCAACAUCCGCUGCCGCUGCUGCCGCCGACCACACAGAUACCUACAGCGAUAACAGCGACAAUGAAGAUCGUCUCAUCAGUGACUCACUCUCUGAGAUUCCAAAUAUCACUUUGCCAGCAUUACCAGGCCAGGAUGCCGACUCAACACGUUCACUCUCACCAUACUCUGGUUCACUUUCAUUUUCACAUCUUCCACCUAUCCCCGCAACAUCAACAACAACAACCACAAAUCAUUCUUCAAGUUUGAGUCAACUCCCACCGAUUCCCAUUGCUUCACCAAAUAGCAGUUCCAACACAUUACCACCACUUCCCUCGAAUACUUUACACCCAACAUCACCCAAACCAGCACUCACUCAGCAAAACUCAUUGCUAUCUUUUUGUAAUUUUGUUCUCCAUGCCAAUCCCAACGUUGAGGUGGCUGGAACAAAGAAACCAGCUACACCAUCAUCACCAGAACUUACACCAUCGAUAUCGAAAUCGACAUCCACUGAAGAAUUCACACUGCCAAAUAUCAAAUCCAUACCACUUCCAGCCACAUCCGAACCAGAAAUACAACUUCCCACCAUUAUCAAUCACAAUCCACAGCCAAUCAGCGGAUCAUCGUCGCUCUCCCAACAAAACAUAAAUGCUGCACCAAAGAAGCCAGAAUCAAAAAGAUUCACCUAUGCUUUUCCUACUAAUCCUGUGCCAACUGACAAUACACCACCCAACAGACUACAAAACGGAUCCAACAUUACCGUUGGUCUCAAACAAAACCCAUCCACAACUCCUCCACUUUCAUCAACUCCACCCAUUUCUCCAAACUUAACUCCAUCUUCCCCACCAAAUACAUCCACCAAUCAUAAACCAGCAGUUCCAUCUAAAUCAUUACCACCCACACCACCAAAGAAAACGCUACCACCAAUUCCACCAACACCAGCGGCAUCAGCAUCACCUGCAACCUCUGCAGCUCCCGAGAAAUCGACCACAACUCCUUCACUUAUCCAAGGUGUUUAUUUUGUACCAAGCGCAUCUACACCCGCUGCUAGUGCUGGCAACGGAACUCCACCAGCUCCGCCACCAAAAAGAGUUUCUCACAAACCACCAGCUACCCAAACAUCUGCGCCUCCCUUGCCACCAAAGAGAGGAGCAGCUCAAGUCAAUUAA